AUUGCCUUGAAACCAGGCUCGCACGAGCGUUAACUGUCUGGUGAACACACAUUUGGCUUUCCCACCUGUGACCGUGCAAGUCAAUAUUAUGUAGGCUACUUUAAUGCUGUUGUCGCAAUCUUUCUUUGCGGAAGCUUGACGUCAAUAUAUAUAUAUAUAAAAAAUAACCGACAACCGACACUCGUGUGACUUUUAUGCAUUCCACGUGUGUCGUUCAACUGGGAUACACACACACAACUGAUCUCGUCUGGAGAAAAUGGAAACAUACAGAACACACUUUGUCAUGUGGACUGUCCUGGGAUUAGCAGCAGUCUUCAUCUCUGCCUCAGCCCUCUCAGGUUUGAAAGGAAUUGUGAAACAGAAGGUCCUCCUGCAUUGCCCCUGCGUAAAUAGAAAUGUGAGGAAGACAAUUAUCUGGCAGCUAGAAGAGCAUACCACCGUUCUCUGUCAUGAUGGAAGUAAUAACCGCACAACCAUAGGGACGAGAUAUGAAAACAGGGUCAGUCUCUUUCUAAAUGAAGAGAAGGACAACUGUUCGCUGCUCCUCUCAGGCAUCACUGUGGCAGACAACGGGACAUACAAAUGCUCCUUUACAGCCAACGCUUUUGUCUACCAAAAAGUCAUUCUACAUGUGGCUGCGAGCUACAGUGUCUGUAUGAACCUCGUCUCAGACCAGGCUUCGGUGAGUUCCGGAGGGGGAGAGGGGUCGGGGGUGCACCAGUGUAAAGCCUCUGGGGGCUAUCCAGAGGGCCAGAUUCACUGGGAGCUGGAAGGACAUCCUCUGGUGAACCCCUCCAGGAGGGAUGUGACCCACCUGGACAACUUUACAGGACUCUACAGCCUGACCAGCAACCUGACCAUCGAGCUGAGUGAGGGUGAAAAACUGCAGUGUGUGGUGGAGAACACAGCCUUGGCCUCCAACCUCACCUCCAACUCUAGCUGCAAUCAAAAGCAUAUGCCCAUGGAACAUAGCGGUCAUUAUAAAGUAGAGGUUGCAGCAGUUGUGGCUGUCAGCCUGAUUGUGAUGUUUAUUGUGGGAGUCCUGCUGGUGUUCUUACUAACUAGAUGUUGCCGACGUGAAAGGUCAACGAAGCAGAGACACAGAGAGGCAGGAAAGAGGCGUGACCCAGUCGUUUAAUGUGUAUGAAGAUGACUCUGCCUGAAUGUGUGAAGCGUCUCCCCCUUUGAUGCAACAAUCUCUCUUCAACUGGCAGACAACAAAAUGGAGGGAUGAUGAUAAGAGGAACUGAAACUUAAAAUAAGGCCUGCGUUCAAUGUUCAAUGUUCAAUGUAGAACUUGGAGCAACAUUGAGCAAUGUGUUGUGCCGUCAUGUCUGAACUAUUCUUUGGGUGUUAUGCAACGAGGCAAACGGCGCCUGAAAGUGGUUAAUCAUGGUUUUCCCUAGUUCGGUGACACUGAACUGAACCCUGAGUUACGAAUAUGAUGACGAGAGCAGAGUACAAAAUGUGGCCAUGGAGACAAGGUUUAGGAACUAAAAGAGAAAAGAAGAACAGCAUGAUGGGAGAAAUGACUGUGGUCAAUGGACCGAACGUGAGCUAGACUCAGUGAACGAAGCCCCCUCCCCCCAAAAAGGGAGCCUGUGUAUUGCAAUUGUAGAGUUUACUCACUUCUUAAAGUACAGGUGCUUUCAUAUUUCUAAGAAGAGUAGCAGAAUCAAACCAGACUACUGUAGUUAUACAGCUGAUACAUGACUGAACAGCCAUCGUUGUCUUUAUGCAUUUUGUAUACUGCAUGUUCCUGGUGUUGGUCUAAUAUAGAUAUGUCUGGUCUAAACAAGAUAUCCCUAUGUAAAUGUCAAACUGGAAUGGGGGAGCCCCUACUGUGCUUUUAAAACCCCUUAUAAUGUCACUGGUCACAUAAGGAAGCUGCAGUAGGAAGUGACUACUUUGCUGAACCAUUUGAAUCAUGCUGAGGAUUCAAACAAUUUGGUUUUAUGUUAGACCAAAUUAUUAGUUUUCAUGUAAACGAUGCCUCCUGGCGGUCAUGUUGGAAGACCACGGCAUUAAUUAUUCUGUUCUACCAACAACAGCGAAGUGGCUACACCAAAACUGCAUGAUAACAGUAGCCAGUGCCGACCCGUCAUUCAUGGCAGGUGGAGCUUUUGAGCCACACAUUUU